UGCAGCCGCUCAUAAGGCAACUGGAACUUCCUGAAUUCACAGCGCCAAGUGCCAAGAGAAGAGUUGUUGUGGGGUGGCAUCAGCAAUUUUGGUUGUUGUCGAGAGUAUCCGGUGUGGAAAACCAAGUUCGAAAAGGUUCGAGUGAAACGCUCUUUGGAGGUGGCUGCGAAAUUAGUCGAUUAUUAGUUUUCAAUUGCCCAGUUCUCUCUCACUUUGCGUUCGGUCGCCAAGUUAGUUAGCUGGUUAGUGGCGUUGCGGUGAAGUGUUGAUUUUGUGGCAAAGGCGAACUUUGUAACCCGGAAUCUCUGGCGCGAAUCUAUCAUCCUGCGAGAAGAACCAACCUGUUGAUACCGUUUGUUGGGCGAUUUGGCUUCCGGUUGGAUAACCAUCGAGUGACAGCAACGAGGGUAACAAAGUCAACGUUCGGGUUCGCAAAGUCAUCCAUCCAUUUGCGAUUUCCAACCGGUGACAAUAAACGUUCGCAACGCUCUCUAGCACCAAACCGUUCGGAAGGAAACGUUCCCACCAAACAACGCUCUUCGGCAAACAACAUCCACCCACUUCUCCCUAACAACAACAGCACAAUCAUGGUGGCGGACAAUGUGUCAAUGGCAAGUUGGCGGCAAAUUCUGCUGGUCCUGGCUCUAGUGCUGUGUGUAGUCAAAUUAACCUCCGGACGACCGCAAAAUGCAAUCGACAACCAGGAUGCCCCGGAGAUAAAUCUUAAUGACCUGCGAAAACUGUACGCUGGCUAUAAUCCGUACGUGGCGUCCAACCAGCUCGAUGAUUACGGAUUGGAUCGGUUACAGCUUCAACUGUUGGCUCAGUAUGCCCAAAGCAACGCCAUUGGUGGAGGAGGUGGCUGGGAUCAGCUGUACCGGGCACCGGAAAUGAAGCGCCAAGCACGAUACCGUCAGUGUUACUUCAAUCCGAUCUCCUGCUUCAAAAAGUAAAUCAUCACGCCCUGCGGAGAACUGCAUCUACCCAGAUCUUUUCGGAUAUGGACUUACUUAAGUUGUACCUCUAGGUUCCUUGCAAGCCUAAGUUUCCAUUACUGUUACCAACUACUUUUUGGCUACAGUAUGAAAUAAACGCAAACAAAAACUAUACCUGUAGUGUAGAUUAUAUGGAAAUUUAAACUGGCAAGUUUCCGCCAUCAUUAUUUGGAAACAAAGCAGUGGCAUUUAGUGUAAAGUUGGCCCCCGUUACACAAUUUUUGGAAGACACUCACACAAACACAGGCUCGCAAAAUUAUGUAAGAUUAAAUUAAAAGUACAGAUAUAUGAAAUACUGAGUUGUAAGUAAAUGGACAAAAUGUUAUAGAAAAAAUAAUACCUAAAAUAGUCUAGGAAGAUCGAUGACCAACAACACCUUCAAUGUGAUCUUCUCAAAGAAUGGUUUUGUUGAAUAAAAAAUUGUGCUAGUCGAAUAUAAAAAACAAAGCAACGCAAACCAAUUGAUUAUGUAUAAUCAAAAUUAUAACCAUACCUACUUACUUAUACAAAAAAAAACGAAACUACCCAAAACACACCCACAUCAACAAAAGCAAAAGCAACGGUAGUGAGUGUGCUAUAACUAUUUACAACCAUUCUUGGAGUCACAGCAAGAUUGGAAUAAAGGCCGUUUCUCUUUCAGAAGUUUGAGAUGAAAAAAACAAAACAAAAGAUUGUUCUAUUGUGUAAGUUUAUUUGUACAUUAUUGGAAGUACUGUGAGACAAUUACAAUGUAAAGAUGCCAAAAAACAUCUCUAAGCAGUAUGUAUAGACAUCCUAGACGAAGAAGAAGACGACACGUGGCAGAAGAAGAGGAAGAAGAUGAAUGAAAUAAACUAUUUUUGUUAACCAUUAUCUGAGCUCGCAGCGGA